AUGACUGAAGGUGAACCCGAACCCAAUGGGGACUACGACCUCGAAACCCCUAUCACAUCUACCUCGGGUCUACGCCAAGGCCUAACAUCCUACGGGGAUGCCCAUUUCUCUUUAUUCCUCCGCAAGGUGUUCAUCAAGGCAUUGGGAUAUUCAGAAGAUGCCCUUUCAAGACCUAUUAUCGGCAUCAUCAACACAUUCUCGGGAUUUAACCCUUGUCAUGCCAAUGUGCCUCAGCUUAUUGAAGCUGCUAAGCGCGGUGUUCAUUUGAGUGGUGGGCUAGCUGUGGAAUUUCCCACUAUCAGCGUCCACGAAUCAUUUUCUCAUCCGACGAGCAUGUUUUUGCGGAAUUUGAUGAGUAUGGAUACUGAGGAGAUGAUCAAGGCGCAGCCGUUGGAUGCUUGUAUUAUGAUCGGGGGUUGUGACAAGACUGUCCCUGCGCAGUUAAUGGGUGGGAUAUCAGCUAACAAGCCGAUCCUACCCUUAAUCACGGGGCCAAUGAUGCCUGGUAGUCAUCGUGGUCAGAGGAUUGGAGCAUGCACAGACUGCCGCAAUAAUUGGGCGGCGUUCCGAGCUGGUGAAAUUGAUGUUGAAGAGAUUUCUACUAUCAAUGAAGAGCUUGCACCAACGAUCGGAACAUGCGGCGUUAUGGGAACAGCCAGCACCAUGGCGUGUGUUACUGCGGCUCUAGGAAUGAUGCCUCUACGAGGUGCAUCUGCUCCGGCCGUGUCUUCUGCACGACUCCGAAUCGCAGAAGAAACUGGCGCAAACGCGGUGGCAGUUGCAAAAGCUCAUAGAAAGCCCCAGGAGAUCCUGACUAAAGAAUCAUUCCUGAAUGCAAUCACCGUCUUGCAAGCAAUCGGCGGAUCGACUAAUGCCGUUGUUCACCUGUUGGCCAUCGCAAACCGACACCCGGACCUACAGGGAGUGAUCACCUUGCAAACCAUUGAAGAAAUUGGCAAAAAUACUCCACUCCUGAUCGACCUUAAACCUAGUGGAGACAACUACAUGAACGAUUUCCAUAAUGCGGGCGGUAUGAUGGCGCUGUUACAAGUUCUAAGGCCACUGCUGCACUUGUCUGCGAAAACUAUUAGUGGCCAGACUCUAGGGGAGGUUCUAGAUGCAGCCUCGUCUAAGAAACUUUCUUUCGAGCAGCAUAUCAUCCGGCCACUUUCGAAUCCUCUUUAUCCCUCGUCUUCUCUAGCCGUUCUAUACGGCAAUCUCGCUCCUAAUGGUGCCGUGACCAAGGCUUCAGCGUCGAAAUAUCGAUCAUUACUUUCACAUACCGGGCCAGCAGUGGUGUUUGAAAAUUCGGCUGAUCUGGCACUUCGAAUUGACGAUCCAGAUCUUCCAGUGACCAAGGACAGCGUAUUGGUGCUCAAGGGCAUUGGCCCAAUCGGCAACCCAGGCAUGCCAGAAGCAGGACUCAUUCCUAUCCCGAAGAAACUGGCCGCUGCAGGUGUGAAGGAUAUGCUGCGCUUAUCUGAUGGACGUAUGUCGGGUACUGCUGGUGGUACGAUUAUCCUCCACAUCUCGCCCGAGGCAGCGCUUCCUGAGUCACCGUUUGGAGUAGUCGAGACGGGUGACUUGAUUACCUGUGAUAUUGAGAACCGAAGACUUCAUCUUGAGAUUUCGGAUGAAAUCUUGCAGAAUCGAAUCGGGGAAAGGAGGAAGAUUCUUGAGACUGAAGCAGGGCCGGUUCAAGCACGGCAGCAGCGAAGAGGGUAUCGGGGUUUGUAUGAGCGGUCGGUUAAUCAGGCACACGAAGGGACUGACUUCGAUUUUCUCACUGCCAGUGGUGGUGCAGGUCAGUAA